CAAUGUGUGUGACUUGGAGAUGUGAAGCAUAAAAAUGAAAAUGGAGAGAGGUUGGCAGAGUAUCAUGAAGAUGGCCAUGGUGCUACUACUGCCCUUGAUGGUCAUCGGAGAAGGAGACCCGAUCCCGAGGCAGUGGCCAGAGAAGUUCCACGCCGUUCUUUUGACGAACCUCAGUGAUGGACGGCUCCAGAUCGCGAAUCUAUGGUACGACUGGCCCACAGGGAGGAACACGUACCUUAGACAGUUUCAGCUCGGGGAUCUGCUACACGACGUCGAAUGGAACAACGGUACGUCGUACUUCUACACGGUGGGGCCCAACAGCACCAACGGUGGAUAUUGCCACGUGAUUACCUUCGGGAUUGGCAUCCCUAGACCGGAUUUUCUGAAUGAUGCCACGUAUCUUGGGAUGGAAUACACGAAUGGAUUUCUAUGCAAUUUGUGGACUAAAGUAGACUUUAUUUGGUAUUGGGAGGAUGUCCGCACUCAGAUACCCGUCCGGUGGAAUUUCUUUGAUGGGAUAUCCACAUAUGUGAUGAAGUUUGAAGAAGGUGUGGAGCUGGAAAAGUCACAGUGGCAGGCACCAUCAUACUGUUUCAAAGGACAGGACAACAAUGGUACUACCUUUCUUCAGGACCACAAAAGCAAGCAAUUUGUCCCAAACCAUGGCUUCAUGAAUGCAAUGCUACCUGAUCAUCUAUAACUGAAUUGCAUUGCAUGCAUGGGUUCUUUCUUUUUUUUUUUAAUUUAUUGUGAUUUUGAGUUUGUGAAACUUUGGGAAAAUAAGAUUUGAUUAGUGUUCAUGAUAACAAACUGAAAAAGUUUUAGAAUCUCACAUUGAUAAAUUUAAGUGGUUGGACUUCCUUUAA